UUUCAGUUUUGUUUCGCUAGAAAAAAUUAUGGAAACAAAAAGCUAAAUCGUUUUAAGAAAAAUAAUUAAAUGGGUUAUUGUUUGUACUUUUUGAUUAUGCAUGUUCUCUCUCUAUCUCUUUUAAGGUAAUUGUUUUGUCUUGAUGAUUGGAUUUAUGAUUUGGUAGCUUCCACAAGUACCAGAAACAGACAAGGGCGCCUAUUACUGUGAAAAGGCGUAGUGAUAAAAGAGAUUUAGGAGAAAAUUUAGGGGAGGGAGAGAGAGAGAGAGGGAGAGAGAUUAGACGGGUCUCUUUACUAUGAAACACAAUCACAUGCCCAUUCAUGCUUUUUCUUGUUCACCGCUUGCGUUUUUUCAGGUCUUCUUUUUGUCUCCUUUGUGAAUAUCUUACUCUUAAUCAUUGUAGCUGGGAUUCAAUGGAUUCAUGAUAAUGCUAAUUACAGGCCACAGGCGUGCCCAGUUUGUGUUCUUCUGUGGUAGCUCUGUGGUGAAUAAGCUCUCUUCUGUUGAGUGUUAAUUGGUGAAUCAAUAAUGGCUGCCUCAAAUAAUGAAGAUAAGGUACUCUUAUUAUUUGUUAUUUGAUGGGGGAGACAGCUGCUUCAGAUCGUGCCCUUGAAGUGUCGGUUUCUUUUGGUAGAUUUGAGAAUGAUUCAUUGUCUUGGGAGAAAUGGUCAUCUUUCUCACAGAAUAAGUACAUGGAGGAAGUGGAGAAGUGUGCCACACCUGGAUCUGUAGCUGAGAAAAAGGCUUACUUUGAAGCCCAUUACAAAAAGAUUGCUGCCAGAAAGGCUGAGCAGAUGGAUCAGGAGAAGCAAAUGGAACAUGACUCACUAGGAUCAAAAGAUCAAAAUGGUGGAGAUCCCACUGGAAAUUCUUGUGGGACAGAUUCUGAAUCUCAUAUAGCCAAUGGCCAAACUUCUGCUGAAGGGACUGGACAAGAAACUAAAUUGGAUAGUGUGUUGGGUUCUGGCCAUGUUGGUGUCGUUGAUGAAGAUGCUGCAAUCAAUGCGGAAGUUCAAGGUUCAUCAAUUGAAAGUGUGGAAGAAGAACCAACUAUCAGACUAGAUGGCCCCACAUUAAACAAGCCAGAAGAAGAAGUUGCUUUAGUUAAAGAAGAGGAAACUUUGGACACAGAGUCUCAGGAAAUAAAGGACUCGCCAAAGAAGUUGGACAAAGAAACAGAAAGAAUUCCUGUAACUAAAGAGGAAAAUGGGAAGCUAGAUCACUUGAAGGAGUCUCAAAAGACUUCUCCAAUGAGCAAGAUUAGGGAUAUGGCAAGGAUAAAGAAGAAACCAGCAUCACCUGUAGCUAAAUCACCCCAGAUUUCCACACCGAAGGCCCCAAAGACAAUGCCAAGUUCUGGCACAUUAUCCACAUCACGGCCUUCAAUAAAGAAAGUAACUGGUUCAUCCUUACCAAAGAGUAAAAGUCCUUCCAUAGGAGAAAGAAAGAAAGUGGCUCCGAAAUCCUUUCACUUGUCUCUUAGUUUGGAUGCUCCAAAAUCUGAUCCACCUGCUCAUGCAUCAACUCCCAUGACAACUAACCGGAAAUCAUUAAUUAUGGAGAAAAUGAAGGAUAAGGACAUUGUCAAAAGAGCAUUCAAGACGUUCCAAAACAACUUCAACCAGUUGAAGGCUUCCGCUGAAGGGAGAUAUUUGGAAGCAAAGCAGGUGCCCACAAAGGGGACAGAAGUUAAAGUUUCCAAUUCUGUGACUCCUCGAAAAGAGUAUGCAGGGUCUUUCAAAGCAGCUAAUAUGGAUAAAAAAACUGCUAAAGCAGCCCCAUCUUCUUUUGGCUUGAAAAGCGAUGAAAGGGCAGGGAGAAGGAAAGAGUUUUCUAAGAAACUGGAAGAUAAAUCAAAAGCAAAAGAGGCUGAGAGUACACGCGAUCAAACAAAAUCAAAGCAGGAAAAAGAGGUGAAGACUGAAAAGUUAAGGCAGAGCCUUAAUUUCAAAGCCACACCCAUGCCAGUUUUUUAUCGGGAACAAAAAGUGUCAAAAGGCCCUUUAGAUAAGGAGGGUUCCAAGACACUUGGGAUAUAGAAUCAUUUAUUGUCUUCUGAGAAUCCAAGAUUAAGCGAACAGCAGUUGGUGUACCACCUGCUUUGGUUUACACCUGCUGCGGAAGCUGCAUGUAUGGGCAAGGACAAUAUAUAUAUAUGGAAGAACUGUUGUUCCACUUAGGUAGUCAUACCAGGAAAAUAGAAAAAAUGCCACUGAUUAAUCACCAUCUAUAUACCGAGUUGCUACGAGACGAAAAAGAAAACGGGCAUAUCACCGAGCAUGUUAUGUAGAUAGGGCAUGUGCGAGGACAGAGGUUGGGAUGAUAUGCAGCAUCCCUGCUUCCCCUGGUGCAUGUACCAGAGAAUUUGUUAUGCAAGAAUAGAAAUGUAAUGGACCUUGUAAUUGAUGGAAACCAUUUAUUUUCAAGGGCAUUAAGUUUUGUUUGUCUUGUAAA